CGAUUUUAACGAACCUAGUAAAGACUCGCUGAACAGGGUUCUCUCGCCAUUUCUCCUUGUUUUCGGCGAAUACUUAACCCUGCCCGAGGAAAGUCUUGCAAGGUUUCAAUGGCUGCACCCAACACGCCGGCUGGAAUAGACAAAGAGCAGGCCUUUGGCAUGGCUGAAACAGAGAUGGAGUAUCGGGUAGAACUCUUUAACAGGCUUGCACAAACAUGUUUCAACAAGUGUGUUGACAAAAGGUACAAGGAAGCUGAGCUAAACAUGGGUGAAAAUAGUUGCAUUGAUCGCUGUGUUUCAAAGUAUUGGCAGGUGAAUAGUAUGAUUGGCCAGAUGUUGAGUGCUGGCGGUCAGCCUCCAAUGUAAGAUACUGCCGUUCACCAUUCUAUAUUAUUCUUUACAUGUAAAAGCAUGGCUGGUCCUGCUGGUGGCCAAUGGUGAACUGGAGAUGUCUUUGAUGUUUUUUUAUUAUUAUUAUUUUACAUUUUGUUCUGAUACAAUGUUUGCCGCAGUUUUGUAUUUUUUUUACAAUACAAUAAAGAUUUUGGUGCUGAGGGGAUUCUUGGUUAAUUGAUUUUCAUCAACAAUGUACUAAAUUUUAAAUUAUGGGUUUUUU